AUGAGGACGGCUCUUUUUCAGAAACCUCACGAUCGUCAAUUUAUCAUUGAUCUGGAGAACUCGAUACUAUCUUUCAUGGAGUCGAAUGCCGAGUCAUACCAGCUGAGGCCUAUGAACUCGUACUAUAGGUUGCUGUCGCAUCAAGUCGCGGAGUUUCAUGACCUGAAGCAUGCGUUGGCUCGAGCACAUGAUAAUUCUGUUGUAAUCUUCAAAGGUGAUCAGUUCAAGAAAGGACAGAAUAGACAGCUUUUACAGGAGCUGGUGCCUGUACCGGCGGAAUUCGAGGAAUCCUCAGAAUUGAUUUCACCCAAUGAUACCAAUAUGAAGAGCGGACGGAGGUAUAGGAUCUUGAAAAGAGAAGAUGGCCUGGAAGUUUGCACAACACCUCCAUCUGAGGAAGAUAGGGAUUUCAAUACAAACUCUCAGAGUGAUGCUAAUGACUCUGAGGCCUACUUAGAGUUAAAGAAGAUCGAAAGAGAAAGGCAAUAUGAACAGAGGAAACAGGAGAUAUUUGACACGCCGAAGAAAAAUGAGGUUGUUUCAGGCAAGGAUGGAGAUGGAAGUUCACCACAGCCAAGUGAAUUUGAGACUUCGCGCUACCAUUUUAAUCAAAUAGAUAGCUCACCACCACCUCAACAACCACACAACAGGCGGAGAAAGAACAAUAACAUUGGUGCAAAUAAGGAUAAACGGGGAUCUUAUUAUAAAGAAAACAAGUUCAAUUAUAAUGAUUAUGGGAACACAUCGUCAGCGCCGUAUAACACUGGUUACAUGAUGUAUCCCACACCACCCAUGGGACCCUGUGCAUUGAAUUCCGCUCAAUUUCCCAUGAUGUAUCCCGCACCUUUCCCGAUGGAUGGUAGCAACGGAUACAUGUCUCAAUUCAUGUACCAGCCUAUGAACGGAGCCGCUGUGGAUCCCAAGAGUGGUCUACCAGCCGGAUUUUACCAUACCCUUUUCCCUAUCAAUACGGACAACAACCGCCAAGUUACCAUAAUAAGAGUCGAAACAUGCAACAUCACCCAUAUGGCCAGUCCUUUUCAAGAAACAACAAAAUGA